AUCAUCAGCCGCUCAGGGUUGGAGUUCUUUGAUUUGGUGCAAUGGCUUCCAAGAGUCUGCUGAUCGUCGCCGUCGCUGUCCUAUUUGCGGCGGCGCCGGCGCUCGCCGCCGACCUCGUGGUCGGGGACGACAAGGGCUGGGACCUCGAAGUCGACUACGACGAGUGGGUCGACGGCAACCAGUUCAUCGUCGGCGACAGGCUGGUGUUCAAGUACACCAAGGGCAACCACUCGGUGGUGGAGGCGACGGCGGCGGGCUUCGCGGCGUGCAGCGACGCCAACAGCCUCGCGACGUGGAGCUCCGGCGACGACCGGGUCCCCCUCAGCGGGUCGGGGCAGCGGUGGUUCUUCAGCGGGGUGGGCAAGGACUGCGGCCAGGGCAUGAGGUUCAACGUCACCGUACUCCCGGUCGUCAAGCUCUCCCCCUCCGCGUCGCCGCCGCCGCCGCCGCCGUCGAGCGCUCCUAGCGGCGGUCGCGUGGCGCCGGCGCUCGCCGCCGCCGCGGUGGCAGCGGCCGCGCUCCUGUUCUAGGCAUCGCGUUCGCCCGGGUUACGGAUGACGAACCGCUCGAAAUGUAUGCGCCCUGGUUUUUGUGAUU